GAAAAGACUGCGAUCUGUCUUUGUCGACCAUUUCUGCCUAUGAAGAUAGAAAAAUCCAAUUUUCUUCUGAAUUUUCUCACUCUCAAUUCUCUCUCUCUCUCUCUUCUCUGAAUCUUCACGAAUAUCUCCGCCUCUCCUCAAAGACCAUGUUUAAGAUACCAGAUCAUCAGGUUGCUGGCCACAAAUCCAGUAAAGGAGCCAUUGGUCCUCUUGUAGAUGAUUCGGGGCGUUUCUACAAGCCUCUUCAAAGUGCUGACCGUGGUGCCCAAGAGGAGGCAUUCUAUACAAAGUUCUCUUCCAACACUGAAAUUCCAAAUCAUAUCCGCAAAUUCUUCCCUAAUUAUUAUGGGACUAAGGAUAUAGAGGCGUCCGAUGGAUCUGGUCCACGCCCCCAUCUUGUCUUGGAAGAUUUUGUUUCAAUUCGAACUAAUCCUUCCUUAAUGGACAUUAAAAUGGGAUCAAGAACAUGGUUCCCAACAGCUUCUGAAGACUAUAUCAAGAAAUGUCUUAACAAAGAUAGAAAAACAACAAGCUUGUCUUUGGGAUUUCGGAUAUCAGGAUUUCAGAUAUAUGGAAGUAAAGACUCAGGGUAUUGGAAACCAGAAAGGAAGUGUGUUCAAGGGUAUAACAAAGAUGAUGUUAGAUUAGCUCUUAGGAAAUUUGUUUCGUCUAAUUCGUCGGAUGAUUUAGUUGCUGAAGAACCUGAUUGUGUUUAUGCAGAAAAUGUUUAUGGUGGUGAUAAUGGGGUGUUGGCACAGUUGUUGAAACUCAAGGCUUGGUUUGAAGAUCAAACCAUUUUUCAUUUCUAUUCUUGUUCAGUUCUGAUGGUGUGUGAGAAAGGGGAGAGCCCAUGUGCUACAAUUAAACUGAUUGAUUUUGCUCAUGUGAUAGAAGGUAAUGGUAUUAUUGAUCAUAACUUCUUGGGUGGACUUUGUUCUCUGAUUAAGUUUAUAUCAGAGAUUCUUGGUAAAUUUUCACAUAAUUCAACCAAGGUUUGUGUAGUAAACUCUGAGAAGAACACUUCUAAUGGGUACAAGAUUUGACAAGAAUCUUAGCCAACAUUGUACCAUUGUACUUAUGAAGUUUUUCUCUCUUUUUAUGCUUGGUUAAGAAAAUAUUUGCAAUCUUUCAUUUGUAAUUUGAUUAAGAAAAAUGGAAAGUGACUUAGUUAUGAAUAUAAGUUUGGGUGAAUGUCUUGUCUAGCA